AUCAGAGUAUUGCGCGGGCAAGAGGCGCACGAGGGGUGAACCUGCGCGAGCACAAACACUUCGUAUUGACAAGGGCAAUAUCCUCCUCCACAGUGACCUAAAGGGGGCUGGUGGUAUAAAAGAAGUCCAUUUGUCCUCAGCGUUCACACUUCAUCAGGUGUUCUUCAGUCUUCUUGCAACUUUGCAGGUGUAAGAAACACAAGCAGCUAUCUCUGCAUCUAGAGGAAACUGAGAGCCCCGCCACUAACACUGUCCUCUCUGUCAAACCGUCUGGUCUCAGCUGCGUGCAUAAGAUCAGGUGCUAAGAUGACUUUCUACGUUGACAUUUACCCAUUCUACCCUUUACAAAGAUCCUCGUUCAUCUUCAGCAGCCGCUUGCUGACUAUUAUCCUGGUCUUCCUUAUGUUAGCAGUCAGUCUGCUUCUCAUCCUGCCGGGGAUAAGAGGGAAAACGAGACUUUUCUGGAUGUUUAGAAUUAUUAUCAGCUUGUUCAUAGGCGUGGUGAUAGUGGUGCUGAACUUUACUUGCGACUGGGCCGAGGCCAAAAUGACCACUAAUGCCACCUACAAGUCUUUCAGCGAUGCUGUGGUUAAUGCUGAUAUAGGGUUGCAUGUUGGACUGUAUGGCAUUAAUGUCACACUCAAAGGGAAUCCCAUUGUACAGUUGAAUGAAACUAUCGACUACAACGAGAUGUUCAGCUGGCAUGAUACAAUUGAAGACGAGUAUGAGGAAGCUCUGGAGAAAGGUCUGCCCAGCCCUAUCCUGUACAUCGCUGAGAAAUUCACCAUGGGCAGCCCAUGUCGACUCAUCUUUCAGUACAGAUACUCAGGAAGAUACGCCUCCGCAACUCUUUGGACCGCAUUUUGCACCUGGAUGCUCGCCAACAUCCUCUUCUCCAUGCCGGUUAUUCUGUACGCCGGAUACAUGAUGGUGGCAACUGCUGCCUUCAUCUUCUUCUCCAUGGCUUCUUUCUCCACCAUCAGGAACGUGCCAGAGUGUGUUUUCUCCAUAGGUACAGACUCCUUUGAAACUGAGUACAGCCACUCAUUCUGGCUGGCUCUAGCUACAGGUGUGCUGUGCACCAUCAUUGGGAUUCUAGUGCUUAUUCUCAACUUUAUGAUGCCGGAGAGGAUGAGGGAGGCUUUCAGUGCUGGUGUCGACAUUUAUGAAGAUGAAGACGAUUCUUAUGGGGAGGGAUACCUGAAUGCUGUUUUUCUUGACAGAGUGACAAGUUCACCACUGACAUUAAAAGCAAAUGACGAUUUAUGAAGCCAUCCAUGUUUCCUUCCUGGAAUCUGCUCCAGCCAAUACUUGAAGACUUUUUCUCCUGAAUGUGUUGCCUAUAUGGAUUGUCUUAACUUGACACUACUUUUAAAGACUCAUAUGGGCUGUAAGUGUUUUGUAAUGUAAUGUAAAUAGCAUUUGUAAAGAUUGUUAUCUGAAAACAACAUUUGCAACUUCAAUAUAGUAACUUGUAUGGGAUCCAUAUGAUGUAAAUACACAAGAUUAA